UCUCCCUAUAUAAACGCAUACAUACAUAACUUUGAUAACUCGCAAGAGAAAUUCCCCCGUCUUUUUUCUUCUUUCCAAAUUCUUUGUUUUCUCGCACGUUUCUUCAGCAAUGGAAGACCUUACUUUCGAUCCAGAAGCCUACUCCGAAUACAUGGAUGACAUUAACUACAGCCAGGGCUUCUAUGUAACGCCGGGUAAAGAUGGGUCUGUGAUCCUGGGAGGCAUCAGGCGCGUCGAAGGCGGCGACCGCUACCAAAAGGCAGAAAGCGCUGCCAAGUUUGCGGUGGAGGAGUACAACAACAAGGCUGGGGAACAAGGUUUUCUCAGGUUCAUCACAAUAGUAAAUCUCAACGUGGAGCCCACCGCCGGAGCGCUCUACUACAUCACCGCCGCCACGGAGGACGCUGCCGGUGAGAUUUGUCUCUAUCAGAUGCAGAUUUGGGAGAAACUCAACACAGGAUAUCUAGUCCAGAUAUUCCGCCCUGCCCCAUACAGCCUCAAAUCAUCAGAGAAGCUAGCACACAAAAAUUGCUGCCUUGUGAUUAAUAACUUGGUGCCUUGGAUGGAUGAAAAUUAUUUGUACUACAAGUGUUUCAAAGGUGCACGUCAGAUUUUAGGAAUCAAGGUAUGUCACAGUGCCAGUGGGGAGAAUACAAAUCAUGCGUACAUAUGGAUGAGAAAUUCUGCAAAGAUGGAACAGAUUGCUCACAAGUAUGGCGGGAGAAAGAUGCCACGCUCUAAUGUUUGCUAUACUUUUAAUUUAAGCAAUUAGAAUUAACUUGGAGUAUUAGAUUUUGCUCUUUAUAUUUAAUGUUGUUAGUU